GAUCAAAACCCUAGCAACGGGACUCUCUUCUUCUUACUGUUCUGCUUCCUCUUCCUCUCUCUCCCCCUCAUGGUAGUUUCGAACGCGUAACUAGGGUUUCUCCGUCGCCAUUCAUCCGCGACGUGUGUUGCUUCGCCCAUGUCGAGCGCCCGGGAAUCGGCCCCCGACACUCCCCCCUUCUCCGAGGAGAAGAAGAACAAACAGAUACCGCAAAUUCCGAUGAAGAUUGGAGACCGAUCAACUAGUGAUGUCGUAGUGCGAGUGCGGACUCAUGAAGGCCGUGACAGUUGGUUCUACUGCCACUCCCAAAUCCUCAUCGAAAAUUGCAAGUACUUUGCAGAACGCCUAUCUGACGACUGGCCCACAUGCCAGAUCCUCGAUUCCCGGUACUGCGUCGAAGUAUACUGCGAAGAAUCCGACUUCAACUCUCACGUUGCCGUCCUCCGCCUUUUCUAUGUUUCCAAGCCGUACACUUGGCACGGUGUGAGAAAUACGCUUGGCAUUCUCCAGGUGGUGGUCCACUUGGGUUGCCCUAAGUUGGCUCGCGACUGUGUCGGCUACUUGGAAUCCGUGCCCUGGGAAGAAGGCGAGGAAGAAGAGAUAUUAAAAACCAUCCCUCACCUCGGUCCGCAUUACGAACACGUCCUUGAUCGGCUCCGUCCGGUCAACUCGAAGGCCGUCAUUCAAAUCUUCGUCUUGGCGUUCAGGUUCGCCACAUCGUCACCCCCGCCGUUGAUGCGCGAGAUGAAGUGUUCCGCCCAGGAUCAGCUCGAAUAUAUGCUCACCGAGGAUGAUGAAGAUGAUUCCCUAUUUUUAACCUCCGACGCCGACAUCAUAAAAUUUGAAGUAAAGAAUUGUGUGAAAAAUCUGCUGACUAAAUUUGAUAACUUUGUCAAAUCUCUGGUAACAAAAUCUGCCACAGUUUUGGAUGAGAACACAAAAACUGAUUUGCGAAAUUUUUUGUUCGAUAUUUUGUGGACGUGCCAAAUCUUAAGCAAGAUGGAAAUGAUGAGGGAUUUGGUUCACUAUUGGGUAAAUGCAUCUUCGAGUAUUUCUACAGUUGCCGAUCAAUUGAGCACGGAUUGCGAUGAUGUAGAGACAAGAUUGAAAGUGGUCGAAAUAACGUCCAAAGUCCUCGAGGCUAUUGGAUUCGGGAAUGUUGUACUUCCGACAGCAAAGAGACUUAAUUUGGUGAAUACUUGGCUUCCGUUUGUACGGAGAACGAUGCCGAUGCUCGAGCAAGUCGAUACAGAAGGUGACGACGCAAAGAAAGCCAAUUUGGACAGUGAUAUUUGGCAGGGGCUGGAGUCCGCACUCGUCUCAAUCGUGCUGACACUGCCGUCAGAUCACCAGGCCGAGAUCCUGGCAGAAUGGCUGCGAUCGAAGCAUGUUCGGUAUCCAGACUUGACAGAGGCUUUUGAGGUAUGGUGUUAUCGCUCGAAGGUUGCUAAGAGGAGAUUGGCUUUUCUGGAAGGCAUGAAUAGUGACUGACUCUCACGGCUUGUUUGGAUAAGAUCUCUACAUUUUCUCGGAACACGAAAUCGAUCCUCUACAUCGCAAUCGCCAACGAAAGCAAGUGGCGAUGGAUUAAUGGGGUGGGAGCAUGAAAAGAUGCCGACAAUUGCAUCAGUGUACAAGGCUACCACGCAAGUGGAAUGUAUUAUCGCGAAAAAUCAUGAUUCAAGGUCCGCUGCACCGCAAUCUCGAUAGGAAGCAUGCGGUGAGAAGUUGAUGCGGAGGUCUCUUAACUCAUUAUCCCGAAAACUCGUGAUCUCAGGUAAAACCAACUACAUUGCAAUUACAAGAGAAAAUCCCCACAUUACACAUUUUUUUUUUUUUUACUAGAUAACAUAUUCCAACAUGCAGGAAAAGGCUUCAUGAUCUUCUAUGCUCAAUUCUUAUUUCAGUAUGUUUGUAUGAGAUUGUGCCUUUGUACAUGCAUACCUGUUGUCUUCUUCAAAAUUUUCUCUGUAAA